GAAGCUUCCAAACAAAGUGACAGUGUAGGGGAGGGAAGCACGUCCGUACUAGAAUUUACCAGAUGGAGAUUUAAACGUCUAUACACAUUCUACAAAAUCAAUACGAGAAGGCCUAAAAAUAAAGUCUAGCCAGAGGUCGGGUCGUGUGUAGGUCAGAGGUCACGUGAUGGACUCGCACGGAGAGCCUGCGUACAUCCUGUGGUCAAACCUGACGGACAUCGUCUUCUUCAACGUGCUGGGCGUGGUCACGUGCCUGUACGCCCUGCACGUGGAGGUCAACAAGGAGAGAGACCCCAGCUACAGGGCGGCGUGCGACUUGAGCGAGCACAUGAGCUGUUCGCGUGUACUCACCUCCAAGUACAGCCAGGGAUUUGGGGUGAUGCACUUGCUGUUUGGUGAAAACCAUAUGCUCAACUCUAGGAACUGCAACAUCGGACUCGUUAUUUACAUCAUCAACAUUUUAUUGUGUGUAUUUCUCCCAUCACCAAUGGCUGCCACUAUCCUAUACUAUGGUUCUAUAGUCAGUGUGUUGGGGUGUGUGUACUUGGCUUUUAUUCUCUUUGUUGUGCUGAAAGAUGUGUGUAUUGUCUGUAUGUCCAUGUAUGGCAUCAACGCUGUUCUACUCUACUUGACCUACAAAAUGCAUUCAUUCUAUAACUAACAUUGUAACAAG